UUCGAGACGGUCAUCAGGUUAGCGCGGGAGACCAAGCAGGAGGCACACGCGCAAGCGCGAAAGAACGAGGCUCGGCUCGAGCGACUCGAGCGAGCCCUAGACGAUAUCAAGAACAAACCACUGCCCCCCACACCCUCACAACCCACCGCCAACGCGUCGACGUCACCCUCGACCCAGUCGAAGGCGCACAAAGCGGCUGCGGCACCCAAAGCCCCCUCCAACAACACGAUGGAGGCGAACCACCCCAGCCGCCUCGCCCUCGAGAUCCGUCCGGGUGGCCUACCCAAAGAAAAACGAAUGGACGAGCUGACGCUGCGCGAUAGCAUCAACGGCAUCCUGCGCGACGUCGUCGACCCGGAGAAGGUCCAGGUUGCCGGCACGAAGUGGAACCCGCAAGGAAACUGCAUCGUCGUGACACGCCAGGACCAGCGCGCGAGCGACCUCAUCCAGCACGUCCCGAAGUUCGCCGCGCUCGUAGGCCAGGGGAUGGAAGUCAUCCCCCGCCUCACAGCGAAGUGGCUUCGACUGAUGAUACAUGACGUUCGCACGGGACUCUUUGAUGCCAACCCAAGUCUACACACCUCCGGGGAGCUCAAGGCGGAGCUCGAGUUCUCGAACCCCAUCUUCAAGACGCUGGGGUCGCUUGCCGAGGACCCGCGAUGGCUACGUCGACAACAGGACAUCGGCACCCUGCGGUCCACGAUUGUCUUUGCAGUCACAAGCAAGGAGGAGUACGAGACCCUUUUAGAGAUGAAGGCGCUGUGGGUGUACGGGCGGGCAUGCCGCGUGGAGCGCUUCGCAGAUAAGCCGCCAGUGGUUCAGUGUACGAACUGUUGGGGCUUCGGUCAUACCACCCGGACGUGCAAGACGAGCACCAAGUGCCGCCUGUGUAGCGCGGACCACCCCACCACGUCUCACGCGGCGGCAUGCCCGACCUGUCAAGGGGACGAAAUGGCCGGCGAGUGCACGCACAACGUGAAGUGCCGUGCGUGUGGCCAAGACCAUCCAUCGGACGACAGGCGCUGUCCGAAACGUCUGGAGCUGUAUGGCAACGCACGAGCGCACGAACGCGAACGACGCGCGCCACACAAGGCUGCGACACGCUCUGACGGCUUCACGGAGGUCACGAAGCGGAAGAAGGGGAAAGCGAAGAAGGCAGCGAACGACCAGACGAGCGGGAAAGGGGAAGGCGCGUCAUCGGCGGGCAACACCACGAAGGACCCUCCCCCCCACCGCAAUCGGUUCGAUGCCCUACAGGCUGAGACCACCACCCCCAACAAUGACGCUACCCCCAUCCCCGGCCGCGCUCUAUGAAUAGGGACGACCACCGGAGAGCAGAAGAGACGAAACCCAUCCGCGUCCUUCAAUUGAACUGCUUUAAGAAGGGGGACCUAAUCCACACUCUUUUGAAUAAACAUACCCACGACCUCGAGCUAAUUCUUGUACAGGAACCGCAGUGGGGGCGCAUUGGGGCCCGUGACGGCGAAGAGAUACGCGGACCAGUGAGCUGCGGGACCUGGACGAACAUCCUACCGCUGGCAACCAUUGGCCCGAGGGACCCUCCGCCGCAUGUGUUAGCAUACUACCACCCCAGAGCUGACAUUCAGGUAACCCUGCGCUCCGACAUCGCCUCACACCGUGACAUCAUGGUCUUGGAUGUCACGCAAGGGGACGACAUUACCACUCUGGUGCACUUGUACAAUGACCGACGACUACCGGCCACGCAACAGGCAUCCCACCUACUGCAGAGUAUCACCUUACCAACGGACCACCCGGUCAUCGUGCUAGGCGACUUCAACCUCGACCACCCCCUCUGGUCAACCGAGCCCUCACGGACGUCCCCGGGGGCGGACGAGCUGGUGGACUGGAUGACGGACAAGGGGUUCGCGCUUCUGAACAAGAAGGGCGCCCCGACCCACUUCCCGCGUCGCACUAGUGCUGCGCCGUCCGUGCUCGACCUCACGUUCGUGAACGGCCCGGCGCAACAGCUAGAUGCAGCAAAGGAGUGGGCUCUGGCCCCGCGAUACCAGUACAGCUCCGACCACAUCGGCAUAACCUUCACCCUGGACUACGGAGCGACGCCCAUCGACAACCUCACAGGAGAGCAAUUUAACGUGAAGGAGGUCAAGCCGGACGACUUCCGCGACGCGCUUCGGGAGGAGGUCGGUCGACACAGGGUAGCCAUUGACAAGAUAAUGGACCUCGACAACGAGGUGCCGACGGACGAACUGGAAGACGCCGCAACCGCGCUCACCAGCGCUAUUCAGGCGACCCUGCGGAAGGUCGCGAAGGUGCGAAACCCAUCCCCAUCGGCGAAGCCAUGGUGGGGGCUAGCUCUGGACGCGGCAGCAGAUCGCCUACACGACCAACAAGCGCGGCAGAGAGCUCAUCGCGCUGCGCACAGGCGGGGGGACCGAGCCCUCGCGCGACUAGUGAAGAAGUCCGAAAACUUCCUUCACAAACUUGCGCGCGCAUCUAAGGGACAGUGGGCUAAUGAACAGGUCGAACAAGCUCAGACGGAGGAUAUAUGGGGCUUCCGCAAGUGGUCCCAAGGAGUUCGCCAGUACCCAUCCCCCGCCAUUGUUCGGUCAGGCGGACGCGAGCCGGCGGUCUCGCAUCAGGACAAGUGCAACGCCCUCCGUGAGGAGCUAUACCAGCCACCGCCACCCCUAGACGAAGCCUUCAACCCCGACCUCGAGACCCGACUCGAGGACGAGAUCCCAUAUGUCGAGGUUACCGAGACGGAGAUCCAUGAAGCAUUGUUCUCCCAGAGCGGGAAUUCUGCCCCAGGGAGCUCGCAAGUCUCGUACAAAAUCCUGCGUUGGUCAUGGGAUGUCAUCGACCAGUACUUAAUCACCCUUUACAGACGAUGUUUGAGAGGUGGCUACCACCCCAAGCAGUGGCGGAAAGCGGUGGCGGUCGCGCUCAGAAAACCCCGCAAGGACGACUACUCGAAACCCCGGUCGUACCGCCUCAUCACCCUUCUCGAGUGCAUGGGGAAGGUGCUCGAGCGGAUAGUGGCAAGACGAUUAUCCUUCCUCGCCGGGAAACACGGCCUGGUCCCCGCAACCCAGUUCGGGGGAGUGUCGAACGCAUCGGCGACGGACGCCGUACUGGCGUUUGUCAAUGAUGUCCACUCGGCAUGGAACCACGGAUGGGUCACGUCCGCCUUGACCUUCGACAUCAAGGGGUACUUCGACUUCGUCAACCACGACCGGCUUCUGAGCGAGCUCAAGGCCCGACGCGUGCCCCUCGAGAUCGUCCGAUUCAUCGCCAGCUUUCUUGAAGACCGCGAGGCCGCUGUCUGCCUCGAUGGCAAACGGAGCGCUAUGGAACCGGUGCUCAAUGGCAUCCCCCAAGGCUCCCCACUCUCACCAAUACUAGCCGCCUAUUACGCCGCCGACCUGCUCGAGACCCUGCAUAGGUUUGACCAUGGAGAGGCCGAGGCUGCGCCCCUCGGGGCGUUCAUGUACGUGGACGACGGGAAGCUAUACGUCUCGUCCCCGUCAUUGCUCGUCAACACGCGCAUCCUCGUGCGAGCAUACGACAUAACUCGGGACUGGCUACGCCGAGCGGGGCUGGACGUGGACCGGGACAAGAGAGAGCUCAUGCACUAUACCCGACGAAAGUCGGACGAGCAGUCUCCGUCAGUCCGCCUCUCGAAUGGGGACGGCACCUACAACACUGUGGCCCCGAGCUCAACGGUGCGAUGGCUCGGUAUCUUCUUUGACCGCAAACUGCUCUUCAACAGACACGUCCAAACGUUGGCGGCCCGCGCCGAGAACACUGUUCAAGGGCUAAACAUGCUCGCCAACACUGUGCGUGGACUGCACCAGAUGCACAUGAGACAACUAUACAAGGCAUGUGUCAUGCCCAUCAUGUUUUACGGAGCUGCAGUAUGGUGGACAGGGAAACAAUGCCACGUCAAGGCUCUCGAGAAGGUCCAACGACGGGCGCUGCGGCUCAUUUGCGCGGCGUUCAGGACCACGCCUAUUCAGGCUCUUGAGAUAGAAGCAUCAAUCCCGCCUAUUCGGAUCGCGCUCGACUACGAGACGAGACGGGCUGGAAUCCGACUGAACAAGCUCGACCAGCGCCACCCUCUCAUCCAACGCCUACCCGCAGGGUGGCGCGACCCAAACGGCUACGUUGCUCCCCCUCCCUUGCCGAAACACCCAGACUCACGCAAUAAGAAGGUUCUGGCGAAGACGACGAAACUACACGACCUGGCGAAGUGGACGAGCGUACGCGAGGAGCGCGUCCAACCAUACAUAACCCCUCCGUGGCGACGUACACCACCUGAAUUCGGAGGGCGCCUCGCCAUUGCAGCCAAAGCGCCGGAGGACGACCGAGACAAGAAGACGGCGGCGAAGGCUCACAAAGCCGAAGCCCGAAAGCUUCUAAGAUCACCGGAGGCGCUGCUCGUAUACACGGACGGGUCGAUGAGACCACUGCAUAGAGUUCGUCGUGUCGGUGCGGGCGCGGUGGGCUUUCGCGGUGGAGCCAACGGCGGGACGCGCGUGUUCACGCGGAAGAUAGGCCUCGGCUCCCAUGCAGAGGUGUACGACGCAGAGAUAGUUGGCUUACGGUGGGGCUUACAGGACGCGAUACGAGUCGCCGACGCCCAUGCCGACAUCAAGCACAUCCAUCUGUUCGCUGACAACACCUCUGCGAUCAGUGCCAUCUUCGACCCCCUGCCCAAGAGCGGCCAGAUGCACUGCGUCGAGUUCCACCGCCAGGCCUGCAACUUUCUAGACGGCGACCCUCGGAGGACACUCACGAUCGCAUGGGUCCCCGGCCACCAGGACGUCCAGGGAAACGACGAAGCCGACGAGCUAGCUAAAGCGGCUGUCGAGCUCGGGAGUACACUCCCAGGGUCUCGGGCGAAUGCGCUACGCCGUGCGAAAGGGCGGGCUGCACGCGAGUGGAAGAGCGAAUGGGAGAAGAAGCGCCACGGCGGCCACUUUGCGGCGGCCAACCGAAUCCCGCCGUCCCUCAAUCCUACGAAACGCUUCCGAGACACGCCACGCGAGGUGUUUGGUCGGGUCGUUCAGACUCGAACCGGGCACGGAUACACGGGCGAGUUCUACAAUGACUUCCUUCAUGAUGUCGACAGUAACUGCCCAUGUGGGGAGCUCUUACAGACACGCAAACAUAUCCUGGCGGAGUGCCCGAUAUACGGGACGCAUCGCCACCUGCUCCGGGAGGCAUCCCCCGGUUUUUCCCUUCCCGUCUUACUAGGGACCAAGAAAGGGAUCGAGGCCCUCACGGAAUUCGUGGCGAAGACCGGCGCAUUCACCAGAAGCGGUGCACCACGCGCACCUCCAUCACUCCCGACAUGGGAGCAAGAACCAGACGUGCAAGAGGACGACGAGGACGGAGAGGAUGGAUGAGUGAGACCCGGCAGCCCAACCCCGUGCUUAGGUACCAGUUUCCCCAUUCCCGCCCCGUUGCCCUUCUUUCUUGCUUGUUAUCUGUCGACCUCACACACGACACUCGCGCUCAGCGCCCUUACAUUAUAUUUCACCAUCACACUCAACCACUGUAUCGAGUUGGACAACGGUACGAGCAGCAGUCUCGGGAUUCGUAGUUAUAUUACCACGGGUAUGCGAAGGGCCCUGCCGGGCCUCCGGAUGGAGGAGGUACUUACUGGCGGAGCACCGCGUCUUAGCUCGUAGUUGGCUUGUUGCGGUAUAGAAAUGCAGAGUUCAAAAAAAAAAAAAAAAAAAAAAAGAA